CUCCGCCCCGACGGGCGCCCAGCGCCGCGGCCGUCGCUGUCGGCCCCCCGCGCCCACCAUGAAGAAGGAGGUGUGCUCUGUGGCCUUCCUCAAGGCCGUGUUCGCUGAGUUCCUGGCCACCCUCAUCUUCGUCUUCUUCGGUCUCGGCUCAGCCCUCAAGUGGCCGUCGGCGCUGCCCUCCAUCCUGCAGAUCUCGCUGGCGUUUGGUCUGGCCAUAGGCACGCUGGCCCAAGCCCUGGGGCCCGUGAGUGGAGGCCACAUCAACCCCGCCGUCACCCUCGCCCUCUUGGUGGGCAACCAGAUCUCACUGCUCCGUGCCACCUUCUACGUGGUAGCCCAGCUGGUGGGCGCUAUUGCGGGGGCCGGCAUCCUCUACUGGUUGGCACCACUCAAUGCCCGGGGCAACCUGGCCGUCAACGCCCUCAACAACAACACAACGCCGGGCAAAGCCAUGGUGGUGGAGAUGAUUCUGACCUUCCAGUUGGCACUCUGCAUCUUCUCCUCCACUGACUCCCGCCGCACUGGUCCUGUGGGGUCCCCAGCCCUGUCCAUUGGUCUGUCCGUCACACUGGGCCACCUUGUGGGGAUCUACUUCACUGGUUGCUCCAUGAACCCAGCCCGCUCCUUCGGACCUGCAGUAGUCAUGAAUCGGUUCAGCCCUGUGCACUGGGUAUUUUGGGUGGGACCCAUUGUGGGAGCCAUCCUGGCGGCCCUCCUUUACUUCUACCUGCUCUUCCCCAACUCCCUGAGCCUGAGCGAGCGGGUGGCUGUGCUUAAGGGCACGUACCAGCCAGAGGAGGACUGGGAGGAGCAGCGGGAGGAGCGGAAGAAGACCAUGGAGCUGACCGCCCACUGA